UUAAGAGCAGAGAAGCAGAUUCCUGCCCUGACCUUUCCCAAGAGCUAAUAAUAGUUACUUCCCACUGAAGGAAGGAGAGCUGAACAUUUCAUGUCCCUAUAUUAUACCCCUUUCUGAUUCCAGGGUAGUACAUACCCCCUGAUGCAGAUGUGUAGGUCACAGAGCAGUGUGAUACAUUAAUCACUGGAAAUCUGAAACUGCACUUGUGAAAAGAUACAACAGAAAGGCAUAGUGCAUAUGUCAGAAAGAGAAUAUACAGAGGGAAGAAAAAUGGGAAAAGAGGAUGAGCCAAAAAGUGAGAAAUCCACCAGUAUAUAAAGAAGGGAGAGGGAGAGAAGAAAGAAAAACGAUUAAGACGAAGAGCAUAAAUAACAGAACCAUAGAAGGAGAAAAAGAAGAGCAAGAAAUCCAGGAGCACCUGAAUUGAUGUGCUGCUUUGCUUCUGAAAAAAUUCAGCCAACUGGAUCUUCAGAAUAGCCAAUGAGGAAAUUAAGAUGGAUUCUUCUGAUCUUGAUAAGGGUCUCACCAUUGAUGACAUAGUAGUGAAAUGCAUCCAAAGCUUUGAUAAGGAUGGAAAACUAUCAGAUCCAGAAUUCGUCCAGAUGUUUUUGAUGAUGCAUCCCUGGUAUAUUCCAUCUGGUGACCUUGCCAAGAAACUCUCUGCUCUAUCUGAAUCUGGUGAUAAUGUGGAACGUGAGAGGAUUUGUCAACUUGUCAGAUUUUGGAUUUCUGAAUUUCCUGCAGAGUUUGAUCUCAACCCAGAACUUGGGGAACAAAUCCGAGACCUGAAGAGAGCCCUGGAGAACAAAGGAAACAGAAGAGAGAGUAACCUAAUAGACAUCGAGAGUGUCCCAUCCUAUGGAUGGAAGAGACAGGUGACUCAACGGGGCCCCAGUGGCGGCAGAGUUCGGAAGACGUCCUUGUUGUUUGACCACCUAGAUCCAGCUGAACUAGCAGAACAUUUAACACACCUGGAAUUUCACUCAUUCUCAAAGAUCCUGUUUCAAGACUACCACAGCUUUGUUCUUCAUGGUUGUACAGUUGGAAACCCUGUUUUGGAGAGGUUCAUCGCCCUUUUCAAUGGGGUGUCUCAGUGGAUCCAACUGAUGGUGCUAAGUAAACAUACCCCUCAGCAAAGAGCGGCUGUGAUUAAACAAUUUGUACAGGUGGCAGAGAAGCUGCUACAGCUGCAGAAUUUUAACACUCUAAUGUCUGUGGUUGGGGGCCUAAGCCACAGUUCCAUUUCUCGACUUAAGGACACUCAAUCUCACAUCAGUCCAGAAACUACCAAGGUGUUUGAUUCCCUCUUGGAGCUCCUUACCUCUUCAGAUAACUAUGCAAGAUACAGGCGCAGAUUUGCAACAUGUGAAGGCUUCCAUUUUCCUGCGUUGGGAGUACACCUGAAGGACCUCAUGGCACUCCACGUGGCAUUGCCUGAUUGGGCAGACAAAGCAAAAACCAUCAUUAACAUUUCCAAGAUGCGUCAAGUCUACAAAGUUGUUCAUGAGCUCACUGAAGCACAGAGAUUGGAACCUCCAGUUAAAGCCAACCCUGAUUUGCUAAAUUUGUUGACGGUUUCUCUUGACCAGUAUCGCUCGGAGGAAGAAAUCUAUCAGCUGUCUCUUCAAAGAGAACCUCGGGCUCGAACUACACAAACAAAUGCCAAAUCUCCACCAUCUCCAUCACCUCCUUUAGAAGAAUGGGCAUCCCUCAAAGCCAAACCAGAUCAAGCUCUGUUGUGCCAACACAUCGAGAAAAUGGUGGAGUCCGUGUUCAGACUGUUUGAUGAAGAUGGUGAUGGUCACAUUUCUCAGGAAGAGUUUCAAAGUGUCCGUAGCAAUUUUCCCUAUCUGUGUGCCUUUAAUGAAAUAGACCAGAAUCAUGAUGGGAAGAUCAGUAAACAGGAGAUGACCUCAUAUUUUCAGCGCGCUAGCUCAGUGCUGGAUUGCAAAAUGGGAUUUAUCCACAAUUUUGCAGAGAGGACAUUCCUACGACCGGUGUCAUGUCAGCAUUGCGGAAAUCUGAUACUUGGAAUUUAUAAGAAAGGACUUAAAUGUAGAGCCUGUGGAAUCACUUGCCACAAGCAUUGCAAAGACCAUCUUUCUAUAGAGUGCAAGAAGAGAUCCAAAAGUGUUAGUGAGAGGGGCGAGUCAAUGGAGAAGGGCCGCCAUUUCUCUUUCACUCUUCCAAGGUCCUUUAGAAGAUCAACAUUGUAUCCAGACUUGAGAGAGGAAGAACCGCAACUGGAGGAAGAUGGUGUAUUUGAUGACCGUUUGUAAGAACUUAUGAGACCAAACGAAUCUAAGGAAAGAGGAAGACACAGAAUUACUGUCACUGAAUAACAACAACACGUAUCAGACACAUUGGUGAAUAAUACGGAUUCACAUUUUGAGAGAACUUGAGAGAAGCACUGAGAGAAGGCAAAAACUCUAUAUUAUGCACCUGUUUUGUCAUUAUCUACAACUGCCAAAAAUGUUCUCCUGCUUGAGAAAAACUUAAUGGAAGCCGGAGAAUCAGAGACGCUUCAUGCUAGAGCUCCUUCAUUACACAGACAUAUACACAACUCUUGGGCUAUAAUGGAAACUUUUGGUUGGUUUUCCUCUAAUAUUAGAAAUAUUAGUUGAAGAUUUGUAUAUCGAUGGAAGGAAACUUAGGUUCUCUAAGAAUCUGUGUCUGGCUUUGUGUUGACGUCCUGAUUUAUGAAGAGCCCUCCUUUCUUAGAGACAUCUUGUUUAGUAAUGAGCAAGAAUGACUGGCAUUAUGGGACAAAUCUCUAAACAAGUUAACGGCUGGACAUAUUUUAUUUAUCCCAAAAGCUUUUCAAUACAGAACUUUUUUUUACAUUGUGUACAGAACUUUGCAAAAGUAUUCACUGACCAAAUUUCUCUCUUUGCUGAAUAACAAAUCCUACACAGAAAUUUUGUUCACUGUGAUAUCUUUCAAAGCACUGAAACUCAAAACUUGGUUUUUUUGUAAAGUCUAUUGUCAAUUUCAGAAAUAAUCUGCAAAAUAAAAAAUCUAGAUGUGC